AUGUCAAAUAAGUAUACCUCACCUUCGCUCCAAAUCGCCCGUGUUAAUAAUUCCAGUGAGGAUAUUAUAUCAUCAGAAAAUUGGUUCACGGAAUUGGACAGGCUAAACUCGGUCCUCCGAGCAAAGCCACUGGAAAAGGGCAAGGAUUACAGGCCCGUUAAUAUAGCGAUUCUUGAUACCGGCGUAAGGCCCCAAUUCGAAGAUCUGGUUGAGGACUACAAGGAUUUUAUAACGGAGAAUGACAUGGACUUCAUCGACGAAGAAGGUCACGGGACAUAUGCCGUCCAGCUGAUACACAAAGCCAACAACAAAGCCAAGAUAUAUGUGGGCAGAGUUUUCAAGCAUCGAAAAGCUGACGAGAACACUCUCAGCCUUAUGACCCAGGCAGUGAGGCACGCGACCCUCAAAUGGAGAGUUGACGUGAUUGUAAUGCCAUCGGGAUUUCAGUCAGAGAGCGAAGACAUGAUCGAAGCAAUUGAGGAGGCAAGAUGGACGCUCACGCGCCUUGCCUAG